AUGCCCGCGUCGCUCGCGACGGCGGAGCGCAUGGCCUUCAUGGUGCGCCACGGCAGCGGCAUCGUCUCCGCCGCCGCGUCCCCCGCCGUACUCGACCGACUCGCCAUUCCGCCCAUGCUGGCGGGCACCGAAAGCGGCGCGAAUAACGGUUCCGCGUCCUCCGUGUCGGUGGACGUGGCGGUGGGCACCACUACGGGCAUCUCCGCCGCGGACAGGGCACGCACGCUCAGGGCCCUCGCGGACGCGCGCUCGCUGCCCGCGGACUUCUGCCGCCCGGGCCACGUCUUUCCGCUGCGCGCACAUCCAGGCGGAGUGCUGCGCCAAGCCACGCGCGUGGAGGCUGCGGCGGACAUGGCGGUGCUGGCGGGGCUGUCGCCUGUGACAGCUGUCACGGAGCUGCUCAAUGAUGACGGCUCGCUGCCAGAUGCCGCCCAGACGCAGCAGUUCGCCGCCCAGAACGCGCUCACGCUGAUCUCCAUCCAGGACAUCGUCAGGCACCGGCGGCUGGUGGAGCGUACAGUGAGGCGCACAGCAGUGGCGCGGCUGCCCACGGAGUGGGGCACGUUUGACAUUGUGAGCUACAUGAGCGACGUUGAUGGCAUCGAGCACGUGGCCAUGGUCAAGGGCGAUAUAUCAUCAGGCGAGGAUGUGAUGGUGCGAGUGCACAGCGAGUGCCUCACGGGUGAUAUUUUCGCCUCCGCCCGCUGCGACUGUGGGCCCCAGCUGCAGCAAGCACUGCGCCGCAUUGAGGCCAAGGGCCGCGGCGUGUGCAUCUACCUUCGGGGACAGGAGGGUCGCGGGAUAGGCCUGGGGCACAAGCUGCAGGCGUACAAUCUGCAGGACAUGGGGCGGGAUACUGUGCAGGCGAAUCUGGACCUGGGCAUGCCGGCGGAUGCCAGAGAGUACAGUGCAGCGGCGCACAUUCUGAGGGAUCUGGGCGUGCGGUCGCUGCAGCUGAUGACAAACAACCCCGCGAAGCUGACGGCGAUAAGUGAAUUAGGGUUUGCUGUCAACGGACGAGUGCCGGUGCUGUGCCCCAUCAAUAUGGAGAACCGGAGAUAUCUGGAGACAAAGCGCGCCAAGAUGGGUCACCUGUAUGAUGCAUCACUGGCACAGCCCAUCAGUGGCGGGUGGGAGGCACGGGGGGAGAAUGCCGAGGAGGUGGGUGGAAGAUGCUGA